AUGUCUAAAGUUAAGUUAAACUUAAUAGCGGCUGCCUGUGAAAACAUGGGUAUUGGUACCAACGGAUCCCUACCUUGGAGACUGAAAAAAGAAAUGGAAUACUUCACGACAAUGACGACUAAAGUCAAAGAUGCAUCGAAAAUCAACGCUGUGAUCAUGGGAAGGAGGACUUGGGAUUGUAUUCCUAAUAAAUACAGACCUCUAGACAAUAGACUGAAUAUUGUGCUCACAAGGCAUGCAGAUGUUAUUAAAGACAAGGUCCCCGAAGAUGUUGUGGUCGUGUCGAGCUUAGAUGAAGCCAUAAAACAUAUUGAUGAUAGGAACGAUGUUGAAUCCACUUGGGUUAUUGGAGGUUCCUCUGUAUAUCAGGCUUCAAUGGAUCAUCCAAACUGUGGGAAGAUUUAUUUGACUGAAAUACAAAAAACUUUUGAUUGCGACACAUUCUUCCCAAACAUCAAUAAACAACGGUUCCAUCUUGUUGAUGAAGAGGAGAUACCAAGAGAUAUACAGACCGAGGGAGAUAUAAGUUACUAUUUUAGAGUUUAUAAACGGCUCUAA